ACGCAACGUUGCCCUCGUGAAAACCUUAUGAUAUAUUGACUUUAGCGUCGCGUUCUUAAUAUAACGCGUGCAAACGCCAUAACGUACAUUUUUGUAAAGCGUAAAACGUUGACAUAUGCCGGUGUACAACUGAGUAUAACUUAAGUCAUUUGUCCAAGUUUAAACAAGAGUAUGGACAUAUGUGUUUGUUACAUAUUUGAAUGAGAUCAUAUGCCUUAAGCCCUUAGAGUUUUUUGUUUCGUGUCUGCAUUUUCUCUAUUCGGCGGAGUUAGCCAAGAAGGUGUUUUUAUUCGUGUUCUGUUUUGUGUGUUUAUCAAGCGCUUCAUUUCUGGAUGUAUUCUUUUAACGACUAAUGGAUAAUAGCGACACGUAACGUGUAUUUCUGAGUGGCUUUCUUCUUAUUUAAUGAUGUUCUUGAAAUCCAGAAUGCUUUAUUUCAUAAUUCCGGCGAUACUUAUUGCCAAUUGCAGGACAAUACUAGCAGCAGCAAGUAUUGCACGCUUAAGAGGAGGUGUAGAUGGACGGACGACGGGUCGGGUAGAAGUCUCCAGGAACGGAACACAUUGGGGUACGGUGUGUGAUGACCUGUGGUCGGACAGGGAGGCUCAAGUUGUAUGCCGACAACUUAACUUCCAGUGGGGAACCGCUUUCUCUGGAGCAGCUUUUGGCGAGGGCCAGGGUGACAUUUUCCUUGAUAACGUGCAGUGCACGGGUACCGAGUCCAACCUCGGUGAAUGCCAACAUAAUGGAUGGGGUAAUAAUAAUUGCCGCCAUUAUGAAGAUGCGGGCGUUGCGUGUUAUAAUAGCUCAGUACGAUUGAAAUCCAGAGGAAUGACAAAUGUAGGAACCGUUGAAAUCCGCCUGAACGAGGGAUGGGUAGAAGUCUGCGACCAGGACUGGGACAAUGUAGAUGCUAAGGUUUUAUGCCGGGAGAUGGGCAUGGUUGAUGGACUAGCUCUGUGUUGCUCUACUCUCGGGGUUGACCAAUCUGAUUCAAGCCCCAAUAAAGCCUUUACAAGUUUUAAUUGCGAGGGCCCUGAAAAAAGUUUACUGAAAUGUACGAAACAGGAUUUGAGAACUAAAUGCGCAUCUGAGCACAGGGCAUCUGCCAUUUGUUAUAACACAUCUGUAAGCGAAGUGGAUAUGUCCUUUGCUGUGAGACUUGGAAACGAUUCCAGUUUGAAGAAUUAUUGGGGUGAGGUUAACGUGAGACAUAAAGGAAUAUGGGGACAAGUUUGCUCUAUGGGUAAUAACUGGAACGACAGAGCUGCUGGGAUUGUUUGCCGUCAACUUGGUUUCAAAGGAGGAGCAGCUUAUGGGACUGUGAAUGAAACAUUUAUGCCAAGCUGGAUUAUUGAUAUGAACUGCACGGGGACGGAAAAAUCCCUGGAACAGUGCGCCAAGGGCCCGUGGGGUCAACCAGUGAGGUCAUGUAAACCAGCGUAUGCUCUGUGUUAUCAGAAAGGUAUAAGUGUGGCCCUGAAAGGUGGUGGAGAAUAUUACGGUCGUGUAGAAUUAACGCACGAUGACCAUACGGGUACUAUAUGUGAUACAGCAUGGUCAACGAGUGAUGCGCGGGUUAUUUGUAAACAGCUCGGAUAUGCUGACGGUGACCCAGUUACUGGUUCGUAUUAUGGAGGAGGUACAGGUCCUGUGAUGAUGAACGGUCUCGGUUGCUAUGGUUCCGAGAAAAACAUCACACGAUGUAGAAAUAAAGGCUGGAUGUCAUAUAACGGAACCAAAUGUGACAAACACAAAAAUGAUGCUUCUGUCGUCUGCUAUAAAAAUGUUCGUCUAUCAAGGGGAGAUCACUCUCACGGUGUAGUACAGAUCAUGGAGGAGAACUGGUCAGUACUCUGCGGUGAAGGGUUUACAGACAAGGAGGCCCGGAUAGUGUGUAAACAAUUAGGUUUUCAAGACGGCAUGGCUCUGGCGAUGGGUUCGUUUGGUACUUUCUAUGGGAAAUACGUGCGACCAAAUGUCUCGUGCAACGGAACAGAGAAAACUAUUCUUAAUUGCUCGUAUGAUAAAUUCCGAGCUUGUCAAAAAGAUUCCUUCCUCGGAUAUGCUGUCGUCUCCUGUUUUAAUGGAUCCCUUAGCACAAAACAACAGAUGAAAUUGGAAGGAGGGGAGGGGUCAACGAUGGGAAAUCAGACGGGGCGUGUCACAGUGCAACAGUACGGUAUUUGGGGGCGUGUCUGUCCAAACGCAUGGGAUGAUAACGAUGCUACAGUUGUUUGCAAAAUGUUAGGAUAUAUAGGAGGCGUGGCUUAUAAGUACACGUCGGCAGGUUACGGUCCUUACACGCUUGGAAAAGUUGGUUGCCAUGGUAACGAGUCAUCAUUGUUUGAAUGUCCAGUCAGUAGCGGUCUUUGUGACGCAAAGUUUUCAUCUGGAGAUGCUGGCGUUCUUUGUUAUUCUGUAAAAAAGCCAGCUUUGCGUUUGGUCGGUUCGGCAAAUACAGGGCAUCUUGAAAUUAUUCUUGACAGCUUUAAAGGGACAAUAUGUGAUUUUGGAUGGUCGCGUUAUGAUGCUAGUGUCGCGUGCAAACAGUUGGGAUUCCAAGAUGGCGAACCCCGGAGCCAUUACCCAUUGUCUAAUGGAGCUACAGUCGUGAUGUCAUUAAUGAGUUGCUUUGGUGAGGAAAGUUCUAUAUUCAUGUGUCGUAACCCAGGAUGGCAGAAAAAUAUCGACGAGAGAUGUUACGAAGCCAACAGAAAUGCCGGAGUGUUCUGUUACAAUAACGUGCGUAUAACUGGCGGACAGAAUAAUGAGAACAUGACAGCAGGUAAAGUUGAAAUGUACAGCCAUGGUGACUGGGUAACCAUGUGUGCUGAUGGUUUUGACGCUGACGACGCUCGGGUCGUCUGCAGAGAACUUGGCUUUCCUAAUAGCAAAGAUCUCGUACCUGGGGCAUUUGGCAGGAGAUAUUACUCGGACUAUGUUCUGGGGUUUAACUGUACCGGAAAAGAGAUGACGAUAGCUAACUGUCCUCACAAAGAAACAGGGGAAUGUAAAGACAGGUCGUCUAACUACGCCUCCGUGCUCUGUUCUAAAUUAGCCAUUGAUAAUGCAGAUAUGCAUAUUCUGCCGUUUACAAGUUUCCCAGCAACAGUUAUAAUAGAAAAGCACGGUAUGAAUGGAACAAUUUGUGCUGAAGGAUGGGAUAAUAAAGAUGCAGAUGUAUUAUGUCGCCAGCUUGGAUAUUCCGGCGGUGGUGUAUCUUUUGGACCACUUUAUUCCGGAUCAAGUACCCCUAUCUGGAUGACAAAUGUUGAAUGUAAGGGCAAGGAACCCAGUAUACAGCAGUGCAAGUUCCAGGAAACGCCCACCAGCGGUUGCUUGUCCAAUCAUAUGGCAGCGAGGGUAUACUGUUAUGAAGGACCAGGCUUCCAAGUAAGACUUGUGGGUGGAAAUUCCUCAGCGGAGGGUCGUGUCGAAGUGUCAUACGGUGGUGAAUGGGGGACAAUUUGUGACUCGUACUGGGCUAACAAGGAUGCAAGAGUUGUGUGCCGACAACUUGGUUACCUAGAUGGUGUUGCUCAGCCUAAUUCUUUCUACGGGUCUGGCAGCGGACCAUCGUGGCUAUACUAUGUACGAUGUGAGGGAGAUGAGAAGUCGAUCUGGUCGUGUACAAAUUCUGGAUUCAAUGUCAGCCACACCACGUGUAGGAAUCAUAAAUAUGAUGCUAGUGUAUAUUGUACAGACAGAGUGCGACUUGAACCUAAUGUCACAUAUGGAGCUGUCGAAAUAUGGAAUGAGGAAAAGUACCAAUUAGUUUGCGCCGAUGGUUUUGAUGACAUUGCUGCCAAGGUUGUUUGCAAGUCUGCAGGUUUCAAGUAUGGCAUCAGUGUUUGCUGUUCUGCGUUCGGUAAAAUGGACUACGAAAUUAGUUUCUAUGAUAUCAAAUGUGAUGGCCACGAGACAUCAGUCCUUGACUGCAAGUAUAGCUCCGGUAUAGACAGAUGUCCUAGUAAGAAAUAUGCUUCAGUGGCAUGCUCUGAUACACCAGGAAGUGGCAGCUAUGAAUUGAGACUAAAUAGUCAUAACAGAGGUACUGUUUCUAUUCGGCACUUUGACAUUUGGGGUUACAUAUGUGCUGAUGAUUUUGACGAUGCAGAAGCUACUGUUAUAUGCAGGGAACUCGGAUUUCAAGGCGGAUUCUCAUAUUUCCAAGUUAGAUACAACAAUCCUAAAAAUAUAGGAAUCCCAUGGUUGUCCAAUGUAAAUUGUACUGGACAGGAAAGUUAUUUAGGAAAAUGUGGAAAUGUAAGAUGGGGCUCUGUAGACCGAUGUAAAUCUGAUACGGACCCUGCUGUAUAUUGUUACCAAAAAGAAGGUAUGAAAAUCAAAUUGGUUAAUGGAACUACACAUACCAAUGGUCGCAUAGAAAUAGUAUUAGACGGAAAGAUUGGAAGCAUAUGCGGAUAUUCGUUCUUUAAUGAUAAAACUGCAGAUGUCAUCUGUCGACAGAUGAAAUUUAAGGGAGGGCGAAGAUUAAUGAUGGGUUCAUACGGUGCUGGCGAAGGCAAGUUUUACCUGAAUGCAUUAAGAUGCAAAGGAAAUGAGACGUCAAUCACACAAUGCCCAAUGAUGAUUGAAAAGGUUGGUGAAUCAAAUGAUGCCGACGAUUUUCAAGUGGGAUUGCAGUUUAGAGGGCGUGGUGUUUGGUACCGAAAUUAUCACCGAAGUUCUUGCUGGAUGCAUCAAGACGAUGCCGCUGUUCAGUGCUACGAUACAGUGCGGCUUUCCAACACAAAUGAUUUGAAUUACGGUAUAUUGGAGAUGUAUGACGAGAAGACAAAAUGGUCCGCUGUCUGUGACAAUGGGUUUAAUCAGGUUACAGCUCGCGUAGCUUGCCGCCAGCUUGGAUAUGUCGACGGAAAAUUUCAACCAGGUUCUGUUUUGGGUGCUAACAGAAGUGAGAAGAUUGCUAUAAUUGAACUAAGUUGUAAUGGAGGUGAACAGAGAUUGGAGGACUGUAAAUACACUCAAGGAAUUUGUCCAUCAAACAAUUAUGUCACAGUUUAUUGUAAUGAAUCGGUUAUCAAAAUCAAAGAAUCACUAGAUCUCAAGAUCAAAGGAGGUCUCUAUUAUGGCUCCUUGGAGGUCAACAAAUAUGGUUUCUGGGGUCCUGUGUGUCCUCUAAACUGGACAGACUCAACGGCUAAUGCCACCUGUCGACAGCUUGGCUACGUGGGAGGCAUGGCUUAUAAUGGAACUAGUCGACUUGACUCGCCAAUGGCAUUAGGUAACUUCAAAUGUCAGGGGAACAAAAUGAAUCUUAGCUCGUGCAGUUAUAGUGGUUUCAAUGAAGAUAUCGGCUGCAAGUAUCCAAUAAAAGGACGAUUUCAGAGACCAACUGCUGGCGUUCUUUGCUACAAUCAUAAAGAGGGCGUAAAGUUUAGAGUUGACGAAAAGGGUAGGGUACAAAUAAUGUUUAAUGGUGAAUGGGGCCGUGUUUGUAAUAGCAGUUGGGGCGACAAGGAGGCGGGUGUGUUCUGUCGACAACUUGGAUAUAUUGAUGGCAUUAAAAGCACAUUUGACACCCGAAGCAAAGGCCACGUGUGGAUGAAUUAUAUAGAAUGUAGUGGAACAGAGAAAAGUAUACUAGAGUGUAGUAAUACAUGGACGCCUGGUUCAGCCAACUGUGAUGAUGCUGGUGUCGUUUGCCUUAAAUCUGUGAUGCUGACCAAAGGAAACUUUGAGUCUCAUGGAGCUGUCGAGGUCAAUAUAAAUAAUCACUGGGGCCUGGUUUGUAAUGAUCAUUGGGACCAGACGGAUGUUGAUGUUACAUGCUCUCAGUUAGGCUUUGACUCAGGUGUGCCUCUAUGUUGUUCGCCCUAUGGCUACAUUAAAUCACAUGGAACCAUGGAAACAAUAAAAUGUAAGGGAAAUGAGGCUAAACUAACUGAUUGUCCCCAUGAACUGCCAUAUGGUUCUAUGUGUUCCAUGGAUUACGCGGCUGCAGCCUGCUUCAAUGGAUCACUACCCAAAGAGGCAGAGAUAUCUGUGGCUGGGAAGAAUGGCGCUGGACCUGUUGUUGUGAACUUUAUGAAUGUAAGUGGACGAAUUUGUGCCGACGACUGGGACGACAGGGAUGCUACGGUUGUGUGUAAACAAUUGGGAUAUGCAAAUGGUCAAGCAUAUUUCCAUUACAAAUGGAGCACUGGAAAGGGAGAUAAUGCACCAUUCUGGACAUCAAAGGUGAACUGUUCAGGUACCGAAUCAACAUUUGAUGAAUGUCCAAAAACACCAUACGGACACGUCAAGGACUGUGUAGGGAGACACUAUGCUGGAGCUCACUGCUAUGAGGCGUUUGGUGUUGCCUAUAGGAUGGUAGGAGGCGGGCCCGACCACAAUUAUGGUCGGGUUGAAGUGUCAGUUGACAGAGUAUGGGGAACUAUUUGCAACCGUUAUUGGGAUAUAAACGAUGCUAAAGUGUUGUGCCGAUAUUUCGGCUACGUUACUGGAUUCCCACUUUACACAGGAAAGUUUGGUGAUCCGCCAGAUAAAGUGUACGAAUCAAAUCUUCACUGUAAUGGGUCCGAGGAAUCUUUACAAGAUUGUCCACAUGAGGGUUGGGAACAACCAAACCCAGACAAAAAUUGUGCCGAUCAUUCCAAAGACGCUGCAGUUCAUUGUUACAAUUCAGUUAAGCUUAGUUCCGGUGUAGGUAGAACAGUAUCCCAUGGUCCCGUAUUGUAUUACAACUCCGACAAAAAUACUUGGGAAGCAGUCUGUGAUAAAGGGUUCAACGAUUACAGUGCCAAGCUAGUUUGUCAAGACCUCGGUUUUGAUGAUGGCAAAUCUAUCAGCGGAUCGGCUUAUGGAAAGAUUUAUGAAGAUAUAUUAGAAAAUAAGACGCUUUCUUGUGGCGAAGAUUCCAAAACAAUAGAAAGUUGUCUCCGAGAGGGUCCGUGCAACCAAUCGGAUUUCUACGCAUCUGCAGCAUGCUUUAAGAAGAUUGAUUUGCCAUUGAAGGAAGAUUAUAAAUUCGAGCUUCAGAAAGGCAAUGGUGGGGACUAUUCGGGUACAGUGAAGGUCAUGCACUAUGGUCGGUAUGGUAGAAUAUGCUCUUCGGGAUGGGAUGAUGUUGAUGCCAUGGUGUUAUGUAGAAGCAUGAGUUUCCAGCAUGGAGUAGCUUAUCACCAGUCUGAUAACGAGUUUUCUCCCUUAUUAAGCCGUGGACCUUAUUGGAUUAGUGAUGUGCAUUGUGAGGGAAAUGAGCCCUCCAUUGACGCUUGCAAGUUUAAUGACAGACUCGUCUCGAAGAACUGUACCGAUCGUACUAACGCUGCUGCCGUGUGCUAUAAUGACAAUGGAAUAAGUUAUAGAAUAGUUAACGACAAGAAACCAGAGGAUAAGAACAGCCCAUUUGGUCGUGUGGAAGUCGCCUUGAACAAUGUAUGGGGCACUGUUUGUGACGCGUCAUGGGACGAUAAUGAUGCACGUGUUCUGUGUCGCGAGAAAAACUACCAUGAUGGUUUUGCCCUCAAACGGGCAUUUUACGGAGAAGGAAAAACUAGCCCGAUAUGGCUCAGCCAUUUGAAAUGUACUGGGAAUGAACCUGCUCUUCAUAAAUGUCCACAUAGAGGCUUUAACAGUGCAAUUUCUGACGGAUCGAUUGGUUGGUGGAAGUGCAAGUCUCAUAAAGAUGAUGCUGGUGUAUACUGUAUCAAUGAUUUGAAACUGAGCGGUAGAUUCAAUGUCUCAAUGGGCGGAGUCUUAGUUUACCACAACAGCCAAUGGCAUUCCGUGUGUGACAAAGACUUUGAUUCACGUGACGCACGGGUGGCAUGUAGGACGCUUGGGUUCGCUGAUGGUAAAGUUAUACAAGGGUCAGCAUUUGGAAACCUCUCGAGUUCAAUAGGAGUGAAUUCAGUGAACUGUGAUGGGGACGAGAGAGAGUUUAAGAAUUGUAAGAUGGAGUUUUCCUCAGAAUGUUCAUCUGGGAAGUAUGCAUCGGUAUAUUGUAGUGACUCUGUCAUCGUAGACACAGGUUUCCAUGUACGUGUGCAACCCGAUUACGAUAAAGAACACUCCAAAUUCCAUGGUUUUCUCGAGGUUCAUUUAGAUGGUGUUUGGGGAAGUGUUUGCUCUGAUAGUUUUGAUGACAAAGCCGCGAAUGUUGCUUGCAGACAACUUGGUUAUGCCGGGGGACAGGCCUACAGACCACCAAAGAAUCUCUCGAGCGCAAUCCUAAUGAACAAAGUAAAAUGUAUGGGCACCGAGCCCUCACUAAAACAAUGUUCAUACGCAAGAUGGGGUCAGUCAAAUGUUUGUGAUUACUAUGCACAAAGGGCUGGAGUGCUUUGCUAUAAUGACACUAGACUGGAGUUCCGGCUUGGAGGUGGUGAAGGAGACCGAGGCCGUGUAGAAAUGAAAUACAACGGUGUAUGGGGCAGUAUAUGUGACUGGCUAUGGGACUCUAGGGACGCUAGAGUAUUCUGUCGAAACAUUGGCUACAAGGACGGACUCGAAGUUAUCGGCGCUAGAUACGGUCACGUGAACGGACCACUUUGGUUUACACGUGUUAGUUGCAAAGGCGAUGAGAAAAGUAUAUUACAGUGUCGACAUACUGGUUUUAACAGCUCGGAUGAAAUGGAAGGGGUUUAUGCAGGGUUAUGUAGAACCCGGUCACAUGAUGCGGCAGCUAGAUGUUUUAAUAGAGAAUUAGAAAUAACAGACAUCAGAUUGGUUAACGCCCAGAAUGACCCAACAUACGGGCGUGUGGAAGUUUAUCUGGCAGGCCCGGAUCAAUGGGGUACAGUUUGUGAUGAUUAUUGGGGAGAUCAGGAUGCCAUGGUUGUUUGUAGACAACUCGGAUUCUCUGAGGGGAAAGGUGUUAAAGGAGCUCAUUUUGGCAGAGGCAGAGGUCCAGUAUGGCUGGAUAAUCUUAGAUGUCAUGGAAAUGAGUCAAGUCUUCAAGAUUGUCCUCACAAUAGCUAUGCUGUACAAAACUGUAACCACGGAGAAGACGCGGGUGUUUAUUGCUCUGGGGAAAUGACUACAUCACCAACUGAAAAGGAUAAAGCAGAAAGGUCUAAAAUGAUGCCGGAAGUUUUAGAGGGAAGUAACUCCAUUGUCAUUGCAGUGACAGUUUCUAUAAUAGUGAUCCUAGUGGCGAUAAUCGCUAUCGGUGUUUAUAUACUCUAUCGCCGAUCACGGCCACAUGGAGAAAUCAAAAAGGUUUUAGUGCACAAUGACAUGAAUGACCCAAAUCCGUCUGCUUCACAGCCUGCUGCAGACGGACGGGUAACACUAUCAAAGUUAAAAGCUCAUUUUUCUAAAUCGAAAUUAAACGAUAAUGAGGAUAAUGGCGAUGAACCGGCGAACAUGCCACCAGCUGCUGGUGUAACUAAUCCGGUGUACCUUGACGAUAGAAAUAAAGGAAUUAUUAUGGAGGAAGCUGCCAUCCAGCAACCGAAUUCAGACGGAUUUGAUAUAUAGCCGAUUACAGUGAACUAAAAUGCAUAAAGAUAUAAUCUAUUGUGAUGCUUGCGUUACGUGCUAAAACGAAUGAAAUUCAAAUGCUUUAUAUACAUUUCUGUAUGUACUCAUGUGCAUGUACUACGCAUGAAAAAACGAUGUUUUGGUUGACACUGAAAAAGACGAAUGUUAUAAUAAUAGUGCUCUGGAUAUCGAAAUGAUACACAUUUGUCAUUUAAGCAGCAUCUUAUAGAGGAAAAUAUGUUCGUUUUAACAGAAAGUUGUCGAUGGAUUGUAUGUUGAUAUAUUAUCACUAUUACUAAAAUUUGGCUCUGAUAUUAAUUGUAAUAGCACUUGCUUUUAAAAGGAAUGACGUUAUUACUCUGAACAUUAACAUGAAGUUGUGAUUGCGGAUAUUAUUCAAUUCGCAUCAACUCCAUCUUUAGAUGAAACAUAUUCCAAAAUAAAUGUCAGAUAAUUAUUUGAAAAGUGUAUUAGCUUAAGAUGCCGUCUGCUAAAUAUUGAGCUUAUUCUGUCAGUUGUUUGAAUAUGCAUGGCAGUAUGCAAUCUCUUUUCUAAAAGAUAAAUACAAAUAUAUACCUACUUGACUUUGAAAAAAAACAGUAUAGUACUUACGUUAUGUACAAAGCGUUCUUAUUAAAACAGUUCUAUGUAUUAGUUUACAAAAAAAUAUCCUAUUUUAGAAAAAAUUAUUGUAUACUGUUUUUAUCUUCUAUUGACAAGUGUUAAUGUAUUUUCUCUAAAACGAAAAACAAAUUAUUUUUGCAACGACGGAGCCUAUACCACGUGAUAUUUUAUCCCAAAAAAAACAACAGUACAACAGAUAGUCCAGAUUUAUUGUGUUUCGCUAUCAUUUAUAUAUUUCAUUAUUUUUACAAAGAUAAAGUGCAGAACCAUCUCAUUAUAAUACUGAGAAACGUUGUAGAAAAAACUGCAUUUUCACGGGAAAAUAAACCAAGUAUUUGAACAGUCAGAUAUCCAUGCGAAAAAAGAUGACUUUUAGCAAACAUUUUAUGUAUGGGUCCCUUACUAGAAUGAGCGAUCUCUUCACGUAUCCAAUAAAAAAUAAUAAAGAAAUAUUGAAAAAUGGCAGAAAAUAAAUCCUGGACCGUCUUUUAUAUUAGUUUCUGACCCACAAAGCUCACAAAUAGUCACGUGAUAUAAGCACCGUGGUAACCGUGUUGGGAUUUUUAUCAUUUACUGCUAGGGCGAUCACAAUAUCUUUACAAAAAGCUAGGUACCAGACCGUACCAGACCAGAGUCCGAGUACUUCACUGCCUUCCGAGUGUGUUUUAGCAGACGACAAUUUUAAAAUAAGUUUUCAUCUUCUAUAUGAUUAUUCUCCUUAUGCCUGCUUUGCUGCAAUGACUCAUUAUUAUUAUUAUCCAAAAUACUUACAAACUAGGCUUUAAUUGAUCUUGUUAAAAAUGGCGAAUGUAUUUCAAAGUCAUGCUCUACUUUCUACUGUAAUUAUUCAUUUUUUAUUUGUAAGGGUAUUUAAAAAAAAUAACAUAGGCUAUUUAUUACAUGUCAAACGCCUAUAAUUCAACCAGUUAUGAUUUCUUUUCCGUGUUUUUUAUCUUUAACUAGUUUACGUGCAGUGUUUAAUCUGUAAAAAAGGGGAAAACAAUCAUUGUAAUAGUUCUUGUGAGCUUAGAGCUACAUUUUACUGCUUUUUAUUUUCAUUUGUUGCGCUUCAUGGCGCAAUCUAGCUUUAUGCAUGUAUGUACAGGAUUUUUAGUAUAAAUAUAUCGUUACUUCAGCUGAAAUCUUAUCACAGAGUCACAAUUUGUAAAAAUACAAACAUAUUUCUACAACUGCUUCGUAUAUAUUUUAUUGCAAAUAAAUAUUUUGUCUCA